AUGUCGGAUUCGUUGGCGGAAGCGAUGGUUGCGGACCCAGCGAUUCCUGCGGAAUCCAUUGAGUGUUUCAAAGAGUUGGCCAGGUGGGCCUUGGAAACUUUGAGGGCAGAUGAGCACCUUUUGUGCCGAGCUGCGUGGGAAGUUGCAGCUGUUGCCUGUGCUUUAGCCAGUUUGAGCAAGCAGACGGGACGCCCAGUUGCCAGCUUCGAUGAAUUGACCCUUGGUGAGGUUGCGCCGAUGGCUGGGCAAGGCGCAGGUGAUAUCCUUGCCUUUGCUGGCACAGAGGUUGGUGCAGUGAAAGAACGAGAAAUGAAAUUGGUGUUUGGAAUGCUCUUGAGCCAUCUCAUUGGCCCGGACAAGGAGAACUACAAGGAUCACCAGCUUUGGCUGAGCAGGCUGAAGGAUGACUUAGAGAUGCUUUUCGUUGACCUGACAGGUCGCGCACUUAUUUCCACGGUUCAGACUGAACUGAGUUUGAACUAA